UUUGAGAGCAACAAAAGCAAAUAGCAUAUGAGAAAAAUAUAGUUGUAAGAUCGCCUUCAAGGAAAACCCAACGCUCAUGGAGGAGGGGGUGGUAUAGUUUUAUAAAGUUAAUUAUUUUUCAAGCACUUCCUUUCUUGGUCGGACUUUUGAUAUGGGCGGAUAUUAGAAUGUGUAUUGAUGGGAUGGACAUUUCUGUUUUUAUCCUUUACAGGUUUAUUUGGUUACAGAAGGGGGUCAACGCACUAAACUUUGGGAAAUGGAUGAGGUCAGCAAUCCGGAUGAGUGGCAUGUUCAAGAAACAAACAUCAUUAGUACCAGUGAAAGGAUGAAGGUGUCUUUUGAGGCGAGCACGACUGAUUAUCGGCAGGUCAGUGGAAUUGCCGUUGACGACGUUUACUUCAAAGAUUAUCCAUGCCCUCUGGACCGGAGCUGUGAUUUCCAGAACAGUUUCUGCACCUGGAAGAACGAUCUAACCGACGGGGAAGACUGGUACAGACUUCAUGGAGCGUCUCCAGACUGGCCAAAUUCCGGUUCCGACGUCGACCAUACCUAUAACACAGAUUAUGGUAUAUACAUUCAUGUGUAUCAUUGGGAGUAUGAUUCGAGUCCGAUUACAGCCAUUUUGAAAUCCACUGUCUUCACUGCUGAUGUCUCACGCUGCUUUGGAUUCUAUUACGUUCUAUUCGGUUAUAAUGUUGGGAGCAUCGAGAUUCAGGUACUUACGGAUAUCUCUCCAACACCAUGGAGUCUGAAAACACUAGUAGGCGACUCGAUCUUUGGAUGGAAGCAGGCGUUGGUUCCUAUUUUACCAUUCAAAGAAGCCUACUCGUACCAGAUCUUAUUGGUCGCACACAUUGGUAUUGGAGGGGAUGGGGAACAGUGCGUUGAUGAUAUAACACUCGAGGACCGUGAUUGCUCUGAUCUACUAGCUCCAGAAAAUCAGGGUUGCGAUUUUGAAAACGACUUCUGUUUGUGGACCCAGGGGAAAAGCAGUAGUUUCAGUGGAUGGAUACGAGCGUCGGGAGAAAUGCAAACCGACAGAAGCCCAGGAUCGGAUCAUACAUUUGGAGACGAAAGGGGAUUCUACGUAUACCUGGAUGGCUACAACGGUGAGUGGGCACAGCUGACCUCAUCACGAAUGCUUCAAACAAGCCAGGAUGACGUUUGUCUUGAGUUUUGGUAUCAGAGUUAUGGAUGGCCAAGUGGAAACAGGCUUACUGUCUAUGUACAGACAUCGGAUGGACUUACGACUGUAUGGGAAGAAACAGAGCCUAUGGGGCCUCACUGGACCCAGGGGCUAGCUAAGCUUCGUCAAUCUGGAGAGUUUGUGGUUAUUUUCGAAGGCGUUCAUGGCAAAGGCUACGAUGGGGUACUAGUCUUAGAUGACAUCGAUUUCACAAUUGGUGAAUGUAAGAUACCAAAUUACUGCGGAUUCGAAAAUGGUCAAUGUGGCUUCAAUCAAUCGCCGAGUGAUGCGUUGCUAUGGCAACUUUCCUCCUCCGAUUCCAGUUCAUCCCAAGUCAUACCGCCUUAUGAUUCAACUUUUCAGCUACCUUUGGGGCAUUUUAUGUUUUUAGAUCUAACUGAUGUUCAAAAUGUAAACCAAUUUGGGUUAUUAGAGUCUGGUGUGUAUUCCCAAGGGCUAAACCCCGAUCGUUGCCUUACAGUAUGGAUGUAUAUGUACACUUCCAUGGAUAUUGACCUUACGGUAAGCCAAGUAGGUGUUCCUUCGGGGAGCGCCAAGGUUAUUAUAUCCUAUUCUGGGGUAGAUCUACCGCAUGAGUGGCUCGUGUCGCAGAUCCAACUGUCGGUCGAUGAAAACUUCAAGAUCACAUUCCUCGUGAAGAGUCUUGACAUAUUCAGCGAUGGAUCAGUAAGCCUUGACGAUUUUAAAGUAGAAGAUGGACCCUGUCCGGUACCGGGUACUUGCGAUUUCGAAGAUGGGUUCUGCCUGUGGAAGAAUGAGGUUGAUAUGGAUGAUUUUGAUUGGAUACUCUAUAGAGGAUUACAAGGUACUGGGGCGGACAGCGGACCUUACGGAGAUCAUACGAAGGCAAACCAAGAGGGCGUUUAUGCAAUAAUUUCCCCACCGGGACACUCUGUACAGGAUUAUGCAAUUCUCAAGUCGCCGGAAUUCCUGGCGGACUCCACCCAAUGUUUGAAGUUUUACACCUACCUAAACGACGAGCUUACGGGUAGGUUGGACGUUCAAGUCCUGCCAAGCACGGAUACAGUUGGUGAAGUUGUCUUAUCCCUUGAGGGGAAGCAAGGACCUUCUUGGAAAGAAUCAUUGGUUUCUUUAAAUAUCACCGACACAGAGGCGUAUGUUAUCCUUUUCAACGCAAGUGUUGGGGCUGUUGAUGCUAAAGCUAACAUCGCCAUCGAUGACAUUGCUUUUUACCCCGGAGAGUGUACAGGACUUACAGACGUUUGUCAUUUCACAUCGGGAUUUUGUGACUGGAUGCAAGAAGAUGAAAUCGAUGAAUUUGAUUGGUUGGUUGGCUCUGGUGCUGACACUCGCUACGGAAACAAUAAAGAGCUUCCUGACCACUCAUUCGGAACCGUUCAAGGUGGAUACGCCUACAUUGAUAUGCGAGAUGCGAGGAACCAACCGGGUGAUAGAGCCAGACUGGUCAGCUGGGAAAGGUCUUCUCCAAGAGAUGCCCAGGCUGAAUGUCUUACGUUCUGGUAUCACCAAGAUGCGGAAGCCGUGUCCCUUAAUAUAUACAUGCAGUGGGUUGAUAAUGGAACAACAUACAUCACUGACGACCCGCUCUGGUCGACCAUCGGUAACAAAGGGGAUCAUUGGUGGUUUGGAGGGGCGACUCUCAUUAGCAAAUUUCCGUAUCAGGCUGUCAUUGAGGGUAAGAUGGGAGCGGGAGACACCGGUGGAUUAACAAUAGAUGAUGUUGAAUUCAGGACAGGACCUUGUGAUCCUAAAGGUCACUGCAAUUUUGAUCAUGACAUGUGUUCUUGGAGGAACGCUGCUGAUGAUGGUAUUGACGAUGAUGAGAUUGCUUGGAGACGAGCUUCAGGAAGUACUGAAUCAACAGGCACAGGCCCGACCAAUGAUCACACCCGAGGAACAAAAGAAGGAUUUUAUAUGUACGUUGACGGCUCGUUCACCUUUCCUUGGAGCAUAUCUACAUUGUAUAGCGAGAUAUUCGACAAGACGACCGCUGGCGGUGGUUGCUUCUCAUUCUGGUAUCAUUGGCUAAAAUCAUCUGUCGUCACAACGCCCCCGCUCACAGUAUAUCUCCGCCAGUACUCCCCACCAACAGUUCAUGAUCCUCAGGUUAUGUUUGAAGCGAGCGGCGAAAGUAGUGAAUUCUGGAGAAGAGGUCAGUUUGACGUUGAAUCGCCAACCGAUUUCCAGAUUUUGUUCCAAGCAAGCUUGCCUAGCACUGAUGACUUUGCUAUAGACGAUACAGUUCUCACCACAUCACCAUGCGAAGAGCCUAAUUUGUGGGACUGUACGUUCGAGGACGGUGAAUGUGGAUAUACACAAGUUGAUGAUGAUGAAUUUGACUGGUCACCUAAAAGUGGAGACACCUCAUCAAGUCUUACAGGGCCCUCCUUUGACCACACACUAGGAACAUGUACGUAUUCUUCUUUCCGUACAUGUGGCACAAUACGUAACAACUUUAGCAUACACUUUUCAGACACUUUCUGCAACGUUCAGAAUCUAUUGGAAUUACCGUCACGUCCUAUGAAUAGAUUAGUGGUCAUUGUUGAUAGUUUGAGGACGGUGUCGGCACUUCGUCCUAAGAUUUGGACCACACAAAAAACAAAUAUUUCGUUUGUCCAGAGUCACGAACAACAAUGUUGGAUCGAAUCAUUGAUUUUCGACAAAUGCUGCUUUAUUAUGAAGGGCUCUUGAAAAAAAAAUCUGCGCGGUAAAAAGCGAUUCCGAAAUGAUUAUUAAGAUGACUUAUUGUCUAAUAGGUCAUGUAUGUAGGCAUGCCGUGUGGACACCGUGAAACAAACUUUAUGACCCUGUAUUCUGUUCAGCAAUGAUGUCACCUUUGUUUAAUUAUUUGUUCGAGGGGUGGGGAUGACAUGGAUAGUGAGA